UGUGAGGAGUUCAAGGAGAAGUGCCCCAUCUGCGUGCCUUGCGGGCUGAAGCUGGCCGAGAAGACGCAGACGGCCAUCGUCCGCCACUUUGGCCUGCAGAUCCUGGAGCAUGUGGUCAAGUUCCGCUGGAACAACAUGCCUCGCCUGGAAAAGGUUUAUCUGAAGAAUAACGUCAUGGGCCUUAUAUCCAGCGGAACUCAAAGUAUUCUAGAGGAGGAAAGUCACAUUAAGGAUGUUCUGUCUCGUAUUGUGGUGGAGAUGAUUAAGCGCGAAUGGCCUCAGCACUGGCCUGAUAUGCUAAAGGAGCUGGAUACCAUUUUGCGACAUCAGGAAACACAGACAGAAUUGGUGAUGUUCAUCCUCCUACGCUUGGCAGAGGAUGUGGUGACUUUUCAAACACUGCCUACCCAGCGGCGACGAGAUAUCCAGCAAACCCUCACCCAGAACAUGGAGAAGAUCUUCAGCUUCCUGCUUACUACCUUGCAGCAGAAUGUCAACAAAUACAGACGCAUGAAGGCUGAUCUGGGUCAGGAGCCAAAGGCCCAGGCAAACUGCCGUGUGGGGAUUGCAGCACUCAACACCUUGGCUGGCUACAUUGACUGGGUGGCCCUGAGCCACAUCACAGCAGACAACUGCAAACUCUUGGAGAUGUUGUGUCUGCUCCUAAAUGAACCUGAGCUCCAAAUAGGAGCAGCAGAAUGUCUCCUCCUCAGCUCCCUGCCCCCUCCCUCUAUUUUUUUUUUUUCCUCCUCCUCUUCUGGGAAGCUGGAGGAUCGGAAGCCUCUGAUGGUCUUAUUUGGAGAUGUUGCCAUGCACUACAUUCUCUCUGCUGCCCAGACAGCAGACGGGGAAGGCCUGGUGGAGAAGCACUAUGUUUUCUUGAAAAGACUUUGCCAAGUUUUGUGUGCGCUGGGCAGCCAGCUGUGUGCGCUGCUGGGCUCAGAUUCUGAUGUGGAAACACCAACCAACUUUGGAAAAUACCUUGACUCAUUUUUAGCCUUCACAACCCAUCCCAGCCAAUUUCUGCGCUCUUCCACCCAGAUCACCUGGGGAGCCCUCUUUCGGCAUGAAGUUCUGUCCCGAGACCCGUUGUUGCUGGCUAUGAUUCCCAAGUAUCUUCGUGCGUCUAUGACCAACCUGGUGAAGGUGGGCUUUCCCUCUAAAACAGACAGCCCCAGUUGUGAAUACUCUCGCUUUGAUUUUGACAGUGAUGAGGACUUCAACGCCUUCUUCAACUCUUUUCGAGCCCAACAAGGAGAGGUAAUGAGGAUGGCUUGUCGUCUGGAUCCUCGAACUGGCUUCCAAAUGGCUGGGGAAUGGCUGAAGUACCAACUCACAGCUCCUGUUGAUACUGGACCCAUGAACUCUAAGACGGGCGAAGGUCUCUGCUCCAUCUUCUCUCCCUCCUUUGUUCAGUGGGAUGCCAUGACCUUCUUCUCAGAGAGCGUCAUCAGCCAGAUGUUUCGAACCCUGGAUAAAGAUGAAAUCCCAGUAAAUGAUGGCAUAGAUCUGCUGCAGCUUGUCCUUAGUUUUGAAACAAAGGAUCCUCUCAUCCUGUCCUGUGUGCUCACCAACGUCUCUGCUCUCUUCCCGUUUGUCACUUACCGACCGGAAUACCUACCGCAAGUCCUUUCCAAGCUGUUUGCUUCAGUUACCUUUGAAGUUAUAGAAGAAAGUAAGGCUCCUAGAACUCGAGCAGUGAAGAAUGUGAGAAGGCAUGCAUGCUCCUCAAUCAUAAAGAUGUGUCGGGAUUACCCCCAGCUUGUCCUGCCAAACUUUGAGAUGUUGUACAACCACGUGAAGCAGCUGCUCUCCAAUGAGCUGCUCCUGACACAGAUGGAGAAGUGUGCCCUUAUGGAGGCCCUGGUCCUCAUCAGCAACCAGUUCAAGGACUAUGAGCGGCAGAAGGCUUUCCUGGAGGAGCUCAUGGCUCCUGUUGCCAGCUUAUGGCUCUCCACAGAGAUGCAGAGGGUCCUCUCAGAUCCUGAAGCCUUUAUCUCCUAUGUGGGUGCAGAUAACAAAAUUGCUGAUCCAGUCUUGGAAGAUCCUAGUGGCCUGAACCGUUCUAGAAUAAGCUUUUGUGUGUACACCAUUCUGGGAGUUGUGAAACGAGCUCGCUGGCCCGUUGCUACAGAAGAGGCUAAAGCUGGAGGAUUCCUGGUUGGUUACAUGCCCAGUGGCAGUCCAAUCUACCGUAACCCUUGCACUGAGCAGGUCCUGAAACUUCUUGACAACUUACUUGCUCUCAUAAGGACUCACAACAAUCUCUACAUGCCAGAGAUGGUGGCUAAGCUGGGGGAAACGUUUGCAAAGGCCUUAGACAUGCUGGAGGUGGAGAAGAACGCCAUCCUCGGUCUCCCUCAGCCUCUGCUGGAACUUUAUGAUUCUCCUGUUUACAAAACGGUCUUAGAAAGGAUGCAGGGCUUCUUUUGUACCCUCUACGACAACUGUUUCCACAUCCUGGGAAAUGCAGGCCCCUCCAUGCAGCAGGAUUUCUAUACUGUUGAGGGUCUUGCCACCCAGCUCCUCAGCUCAGCUUUCGUCAACCUCAACAACAUUCCUGACUACAGACUGCGUCCUAUGCUCCGUGUGUUUGUUAAGCCCUUGGUACUCUCCUGCCCUCCAGAAUACUAUGAAACCCUUGUCUGCCCCAUGCUGGGACCACUCUUCACGUAUCUGCAUGUGAGGUUGUCUCAGAAAUGGCAAGUGAUCAACCAGCGCAGCAUGCUUUGUGAGGAUGAUUCUGCAGACGACAAUCCUGAGUCUCAGGAGAUGCUUGAGGAGCAGCUGGUCAGGCUGCUGACCCGUGAAGUCAUGGAUCUCAUCACUGUUUGCUGUGUUUCUAAGAAAGGUGCUGAGCAUAACACUUCUGCUACUGUAGACGGAGAUGAUGAUGAGGUGAUGGCCACAGAAGUGACUGCCCCUGCCAGCGCAGAGCUCACUGAGCUCGGCAAGUGUCUGAUGAAGCAGGAGGAUGUUUGCACUGCUCUGUUAAUCACUGCCUACACAUCCCUCUCCUGGAAGGAUACCCUGUCAUGCCAAAGAACCACCACGCAGCUUUGCUGGCCGCUGCUCAAACAGGUGCUCCCAGGAAACCUGCUCCCUGAUGCUGUGUCUUGGUUCUUCACGAGUGUGUUGAAGGGGUUACAGACACAUGGGCAGCACGAUGGCUGCAUGGCAGCUCUUGUCCACUUGGCUUUCCAGAUCUACGAGGCCUUGCGCCCUCGCUACGCUGAGCUGAAGGCAGUGAUGGAGCAGAUCCCAGACAUCCAGAGGGAAUCUUUGGAGCAGUUUGAAUCAAAACUUCUCAACCCAACGCUGCAGAAGGUGGCAGAUAAGCGCCGGAAGGAUCAUUUCAAGCGCCUUAUCACAGGCUGCAUUGGGAAGCCCCUUGGGGAGCAGUUCCGCAAGGAGGUUCAUAUCCGGAACCUCCCAUCUCUCUUCAAAAAGGUGAAGCCAUCACUGGAGACAGACGUGCUAGAGAAUGAGGAUGGAGAGGGCCUCACUGCACUCUUUGAGCCCUGAGCCUGGGACACUGCAGCCAUCUCCUCCCCUACCUUAUAUUUGGUCUCUCCUCAUAGUAAGCACAUUAGGUUCUCUCUGUCAUCUCCACGAGCAUUCACCUGAAUAAAGCCCCUUACAGGUCCUGUCCUGUUCUCCCUACAUGGGGAUGGGGCCUGGGGUGGCAUUUGAUCCAGUCCGUUAAGCUUUUUUGAUUCCUUCCCCUCCCCUCUGAGUAUUAGCAGCUUUAGACCUCUGCUUCUCUGCAGGGUGGAAGCUGAGCCUACAGACUGGCAAAGCCUGGUCAUUCUCUAGCCUUGGGUGUCUCUAGCUCCACCUCUUCAUCCCUGGGCAUUUAGGAGUGAUGCAAAAGGCAAAAGAGUGCCCCAUCUGAAAAGGGGCUGCCCUAAUCUUACUCUGGGUGGUAGUAGCCAGGCUUUGCAGGGAACACAUCAGACACUCCCGUCAUGCCCACAGGCACUUGUCCCUAGUGGACUUGUCUUCUGAUGAAUC